CGGUACUACAGAAGUAUGGCGGCGCUGGCAGUGCUUCGACAUGCGGACGUCGUUCCUCUCAUGGGCCAGUUCCAAGGAGGCAGUUACCAAGACAUGCACGAACUUCUGGCGUAUGUCCGCGAAAGCGGUCGUGUCCUGUCGUAUCUUACGCAGAAGGUGACCAUGUCGUACUACAACUUUCAACUCGCCACAGCAAUCGGACACUUCCACCACCUGUUUACUCCGUGGCUAAGCGUCCAUGGUUACUCGCGCCUUCCUCGACUGCUCUCAUCUUCCAGCGACAUGGCCGCGUUCGUCGUCGUGUCCUCCAUCUACUUUGGAGACGUUGGUCUCGUGGAAUGGGCUUGCCAGCAUCGAUGCCACUUCCCAACCUCAUAUCCCCUGGUAGAUAUUGCUGCCUGGGCGGCGCAGCUUGAUAUUCUCCGGCUCCUUGGCAACCACCCUGGAACCACGAACGCCAUGGACGUCGCUUCUCGAGACGGCCAUCUGGUCAUCGUGACCUACCUCAAUCAACAUCGUCAGGAAGGGUGCACGAAGGCCGCCAUAAACUUGGCCGCUCGUUUCAACCAUAUCGACGUCGUGGCGUAUUUGCAAUCGCAUCGCUCCGAAGGGUGUUCUAGUGACUCGCUGGUGUGGGCAGCCACCCACGGACAUUUGACCAUGGUGCAGUUUCUCCUUCGACACUAUUACGACACCGUCAGCUCCAGCCUGGCCAUGGAUGCGGCCAGCCAACAUGGACAUCUGGACGUUGUGAAAUUUCUCCACGCCCACGGCCAGACAUGUACGACUGACGCCGUGGACUACGCGUGUCUUAAUGGACAUUUGGGGAUUGUGAAGUUCUUACUGCACCAUCGACACGAAGGCGCCACCACCCGCGCCAUGUCGUACGCUGCAGCUAGUGGACAUUUGGACUUGGUGACGUUUUUAAGGCAACGCAAUGUCCCUGCCAAUGUGAAAAUGGCCGUGACCAAUGCCCGCAAAAAUGGACAUUUCCACGUAGCCACGUACUUAUGCCAGUCCGCUCCGCAUGUCGAGUUUGAGCUGGGAACCCUCGCACUUAACGUCUAAAACAGUACUACUCUGUCCCAAAUUACCUGUAAUAUAAAUAUGAGCAAGGAAAAC